AUGCAUGUAUCUGUGGAGGACACAGACCACGUACUAUGGAUUCCAAAAGGUCGCAGACUCCUCUCCGGGCUCCUGGGACUAAAUUUGGUGCUGCUCGGAACUGCCCUGUUAGCUGGCAACAUCUUUAGUCCUGCGGGGUUUUGGAACCAGGGGCCUGAGCUUUUUCUGCUGAUUUUGACAGGGCUCAGUUUACUGUGGAUGCUUUGGUAUCUGUUGUGGGCUCGCAGACAACCUGGUACCCCAGCUCACGUUGACCAUCAUGCAGGGAGCGUCAUCGUCAUGGUGGUGCUCAUGGUUUUUGCUGUGAUAAGUCUGUUGCUGUGUGUGUUCCGGAUGGGCUACUACCUGCUGAUGAAAGACUGCAAAAUAAUAGUUCAGAUCAUCCUGUCCUUCAUGCAGGCUCCCUUCUUUUUACUGCAGACGUAUUUUCUGUGGGCUCACUCCAAAGACUGCAUUCACAACCACAAAGGGCUCAUAAGGUUGGGGUUGAUGCUGACAGUGUGUGUGGACAUAUUGCUGUGGUUCUCUGGGGUAACAGAUGAUUCCGUGCAUAUGGAAAUAGAACUGGAGAAUCAAGACAAAUACAACAGUACUCUUCAUGUGUCGGCUCUAGAACAGCUCUGGUUUAUCCCAGCGUUUGGAGCCCACCCACAACUUCAGACUGGAGCUGGAAAGCAGUUCUUUGGAUUCUCUGCGUGGUUUGUGCUGGUGAACCUCGGACAGCCUCUUAACGUGUUCUAUAGAAUGCACUCAACAGGGGCUCUGAUGGAACUGCUCACCUUAACCCUUGUAUUGUGUUAGAAAGCUGCCCACGUCUUUAGUGUUAGCGGGUCAAAUUUGACCAGAUUUAAAUCAGCCUGAAAUUACUCAAAAACAAUAGUUAUCAUCCAAUUUUGUUUCUC